UCGGGAUUUCCCACAUCUGCAUCAGCCACCUCCACAGCAUGACCAUGGACGACUACGUAGUCGACUCGGUCCUCGCGCCCGCGCUCUACGGCGACAUCCUCCUCUGCAGCGACCUCCGCGCCAAGGAGCAGGUCGUCAUCAAGAAGAUGGACCAGCGCGCGGCCGCGAGCCACCGGACGCUUGUCCGGAGCCGCCACGUGCUCGAGAACGCACACUUUGAGAAGCACGUGAACCAGGUGCUGCGCCACGAAGGCGGCCACCGCAACGUGCUCAUUCUGCGCGACGAGUUUGUCGAAGACGGCUACGACCACUUCGUCUUUGACUACUGCAGCCAAGGCGCGCUCUUCGACGUCAUGGAGAGCGUGCCCGCCAAGACGUUUACGCGCCACGAAGCCGAGACGUACUUUGCCCAAGUCCUCGCCGGCCUCAAGUUCAUCCACGCCGCCGGCUUUGCGCACCGCGACCUCUCGCUCGAAAACAUCCUCGUCGACAAAGACAACGUGGCCAAGAUCUGCGACUUUGGCCUCGCGGUCGACAUCAACGCGCGCCCGAACGAGCGCGUCGGCAAGCCCUACUACAUUGCGCCCGAAGUGUUUGACAACAUUGCGCCGUACGACCCGGUCAAGGCCGACAUCUGGUCGCUCGGCGUCGUCCUCUUCUUGCUCCUCACCGGCGUGCCCCUCUUCAAUGUGCCCUCCAAGCUCGACGAGAGCUACGCGUACAUGAAGCGCCACGGCCUGCGACGCCUCAUCUACGUCUGGGACCUCGACGACUUUGUGCCUGAGGAAGCCCGCGACCUCCUCGAGAAGAUGCUCUGCAUCAACCCGGCCAAGCGCUGCACGCUCCAGGACGUCUUACAGCACCCGUAUGUGCUCAAGCUCCGUUAAGCGCGCGCCCCGCCAUCCUGUACCAUACGACCUCUUAUGUAUUCCGCCCAAGACGCUGCCCUUGCAUGCCACAAGCCGCCAGCCCCUCCCAUGAUCGCAGUCGAAGCGACUGGACCUCCUCUCUGUCAAUUUUAAGUAGUACGAAUUAAUUAACUAACGUAGCGUCUUUACCACUAUUC